AUGUCUAAUUCAACAAAUUAUUUUGCCAGCGAUGUACCAGCUCUUUCUCCGACCAAAAAGCGAAAAUCUUCCGGUGACACUUAUCAGCCCAAGAAAAUGAUCAUGCUGGAAGAUCGAAGCAGUCCACUUGAUGACCGUCUCAGCGAAAUCUUCAACUGCAUCGCCCAACCCGCAAAAGAAGAAGAGUCUUCCGAAAACACGUCUCCAGCCACGUAUAAGGAACGAAUGCUUUACCGCGCGCUGUUUCAGCUUCAUACUAUUUUGGCACAGCAUGAUGAUAAUGGACGGCCGAACCUUGUUGUACGAAAUGCGGAGGAUAAAGACUGGAAGACUGAUAAAAAGUUGAAGAAGUAUUCCCGACAGGUCAAGGAAUCGAAGAAGUUGCAUCCGUUCAUCAAAGCGUCGUUGAAGAGGAUUGAAAAGAAACAGUCUCCAAAAUGA